AUGUCUACAUUUUCUCAUGGUUCUAUAGAUGGGAGACCCGUUUCUUUUCGGUUGUCAGAACAGAGCAGCAGCAUUGACUACAAGGACUUGGAGUCCAAGCAGACAUCAUCGCUUCCCUUGAACAGCGUGAUUGCUACGCUUCCCCCAGCGGAAGGUCCCGAUGAGUCCACGGCCAGAAUUCUAUUUCUUGAACAUGAUAACCCGAACAACUUGGAAGUUAAGCUUAGAUGCCUCGAAGUGUCGGAAAUACCUGGUGCAUUGUGGAAAAGUGACCAGCUUGUGCCACCAGCGCAUCUCGCCCUCCCCGCAGAUGGUGAUUCGAAUGUGCAUGUCGUGAUAUCCACACAUUCGGGAACCCACGCAGCAUCGUUGUUUUUCGAACACGCGCUGAAGCCUUUACUUUCGGCCAUAAGCGUUACGGGUUACCAUGUUCACAAGACUCAAUCGACAAACAGCAUUAUUGAAUUAAGCCAGGCUAUUUUCUUGCCCAGGGCACAAGCCGGGACAGAGCAAACGAUCAUUCUACUUUCUGGGGAUGGCGGGCUUGUGGAUAUCAUCAAGGUGUUUUCGGGAGUGGAUGAGAACGACAGCAGCGAUGGGAAGAAGUUCGUACCACCGCGCAUUUCUCUUAUUCCGAUGGGGACUGGGAAUGCUGCCGCAAAUUCUACGGGAUUGUUUAAGGAUGCCACGUGGGGAUUGUCGACCUUACUACGUGGAAAGCCACGGAUGCUACCGCUGUUCCAGGCAAAUUUCUCGCCUGGCUCAGCUUACCUUACUGAUGAAGCACGACGGAAAGAGCCCCUAGUUAGCGAAUUCGACAGGGAGAGAUCCGCAGCAGAAGUCUACGGUGCAGUGGUCUUGAGUUGGGGAAUGCACGCAUCGUUAGUAGCGGAUAGUGAUACCAGCCACUAUCGCAAGUUUGGUGCACAGAGAUUCCAAAUGGCAGCCAAAGAACUUCUCUAUCCGUCCGAUGGGAGUCCAACGCAUCAAUACUGCGGCCGUGUGACGCUCAUCAAAAAGGAUCCGGAAUCUGGCCAAGCGAAGGAGCAAGUAAUUGACAGGGAAUGCCACAUGUAUGUCCUGGCCACGCUUGUCUCUCAGUUGGAGAAAGGGUUCACUAUCUCCCCUUCGUCGAAGCCGUUAGAUGGACAGAUACAUGUUGUUCAUUUUAAACCAUUAAGCCCCGAUGAAGCCAUGGGGCUGAUGGCCAAGGCUUACCAGGGCGGGCAGCAUGUGGAAGACGAACGGGUGGAGUAUGAUGCUGUGGAACGAGUAAGGAUCCAAUUUAAUGAGGACGAGGAGACGUGGAGAAGGGUAUGUGUGGAUGGCAAGGUGGUUAUUGUUGAGAAGGGUGGAUGGUUGGAGGCUAAGAGGUCUGGCCGCCAUCUAUUGGAUUUGAUGGUUCCAACAUGGGUGUGA